AUUCUGAGUUGCUCGUCUCACUUGUUUAUUUGUAAUUGUGAUUGUUUUAAUUCUUUUUGAUAAAUAGUAGUUAUUGUGUAUAAUUUAUUCAGUUCGGUUUUUUUAAAACAAAAUCCUUGCUAUCACACAACGAAGCUAUAUGGAAAUCAACAAUUACUGUGUAGUUUGAUCAGCUAAUGAGAAACGUGGUUUUCACGAAUUGAGUUUUCAAUUCAAACAGCUUCCGCAUAAUUUCCGUUUUGUAUUCGUGAUGAAUUAAAGAGAUAACUACGUACAUGUCUGAAGUUCACAGAGUACUGAACACGAAGUUUACAAUGAAAUACGCUAUUCUAGUCUAAUUAGUUUACUUUGUACUCACUAAGACCGCUUUUACUGUAUUUCUAUUCGUAUAUAUAUUUCGUGUACCUAUAAUUGGUUGCCUAUCCAGUUAUUUAAAUAUUAUUUUGUUAUUACUGCAACUCCCAUCUCAUCAUAUUGUUUUGUACGUGAUUGGUGUUGAAUUUCAGAUAUGAUUAAUAAUUCCUAUCGAUUAUUGCAUACAGUACAGUAUAAUUUUUCAAGUCAAACAGUGGUAAUUUCGACUCUCAGUUUGAUAUACAAACGCGUACGAAUUAUACUGAUUUAUAUUGGCUAUUAUAUCAAGUUUUUCCUACACUUGUUUACUAUCUUUUAGAUUGUGUACUUUGUAUCUGUUGUUUCCAUUGCAUCCUGUAUUUUUAGAGUAUAGUAAUUCUACUUGGACAUAAAUAAAAUUGAUGGCUUUCAUAGGGAAUAUGGAGUUGUAUUUUCCUCAUAUUAGACUUUCAAAUCUAACUUCAUUUGCAUGACCGUUUCAUAUAGUUUCACCUUAUGAACUAGAUGGAUUAUAACACUUGUUUUCCCUUUCUCAGUGAAAUCAUGUUAGUAAUGGGAUAAUGAGACGGGAUUUGUCAUAUUCUUCCUUUCAUUUGUGGUAAGGUAAGUCAGUUGUAACAUGAAAACUACAAUGAAUUUCGUCUCAUUUUCCUGUUACUGGCGUGAUCUCCAUGAGAAAAGAAUACUGAGUAACUAAACAACAUGAUAAAAGUAACUGGUUUAUCUUAUAUAUUUCUGAUGAGUUACCCUAAGAGUAAUUAAAAGCUUAUAGUGCAUAUUACUGGGAACACAUCACAGUAAUUUAUUGCUCUGCAGUCUGUUGAUGAUAUCUUCGCUCCAUAAAGUGGAUCAUAUUUCGUGUUUCGAUUUUCAUAUUUUCUGAACUUUCGAUGGGAAGACUUGCUGUUGAAGGCGCUUCAAGUUCUUUUUCAUUAUCAAUAUUUCAGACCUAUGUAAAUUUUUCCAUUCCCAUCCACACUUUGAACUGUGCUGACUACUGUACACCUUUUACACUUUAAAGUUCAUAGUAAUUAGGAUGACGUAGAUAAGGUAAACUUUAUAAAUCGUACUUGAUUUUCGAUCCUGCCUGAUAUAACAGAUUAGUCAGUUGUAUAUUAUAACAGGUUAUUUAGUUAGUCCAUUAAUUUUGGUUUCGCUUCUUCUAAUUCACGUCAAUUACUGUCGUUGUUCAAUGAGUUCCGAUUCCUCCAUAGACUCAAAUUUACUAACUUGGCUAAUUCAUCGUAUAAAUGCCGUUUACAUUCACAGCAAAAAGUCAUUGCUUUUCGAAUAAGGAUUAUAUAUGUUGCCGUUAGAUAGAUGUUCUGUAUUUAAGUAGUCGAAUUUAGAUGACUAUUUUAUACAUGCAGCAAUAGAACGAGACCAUCUUAGAUUUGAUAGAAAAGAUAUUUCUCUCCAACCAUAAAUAGUGGUAUGUAAAAAUAUUCUUUUCGAUAAUUCGUCUUUCCCUAGUAAAAUUUCUUUUGUACGCUGAAACUGUUGUCCAUAUAUGGUACAAAAAUCAAGACAACAUGAAUGGUAUGACCUCCAAUCAAUUUCAUAGUGAUAUAGACUUUCGAACUCACCAAUGUUCAACACUAGGCGGGCAAAAAGUGCCAUCACUUUGGCAUUUCAAUAAUCAAUAAUAGUUUCUCAUUAAACUAUUAUGAGAAGUAGAUAUUUUGAAACUUCGUAAAUUCCUAAUAUCUUCUUGUUUGAUGUUGUGAACAGGUUGUGUAACUGUAGUCUUUUCUUAACAUUGCUUUUAACUUUAUAAACUAUAGUUUACUUUUUAUUGGGAUAUAUUUUAGGACAAUGGAAAUCGUACAGGAUUUGGCAGCCUCCACUUUGAAAGAUAAUCCAUACUUUAGUGCCGGUGCCGGGCUAUUUGGAGUUGGGAUAGGAAUGGCUGCCCUUAGAAGAAUGAGUCAAGUUAUAAACCUUCUCGUUCGCCGUAAUCUCACUUUAACUUUAGAAGUAGCCAGUCAUGAUAAGGCUUAUCCCUGGGUUUUACAUUGGAUUACGCUGAAAUCUAAUGGACCGUUAAUGAAAGGUGGAAAAAACAAAAUAGGUGGUACAAGUCAACACUUAAGUGUUGAAACUAGUGUAAUACGUACAGAAGGCGGCCGAAUCAAAGCUGCAUUCGGCUUUGUGCCUAGCGUUGGCGUUCACUAUAUGGUUCACCAAAUGAAAUUAAUCCGCAUUGAACGUGUUCGUGCUCAACAAUCCUUACAAGGUGCUACUGUAGCUCCAUUCGAAAGUGUAACUCUUACGACGUUCGGUCGCAACGCCAGAUUUUUUAUUGAUUUGCUCGAGGAGGCUAGAGAAGAAGCUCUUGCACGUGAAAAGGGUUGGACCGUUGUUUACAAGGCUGUUGGUUCAGAAUGGCGCCAGUUUGGUUAUCCUCGUCCACGUCGACCUUUAAAUUCUGUCAUACUGCGUGAUGGUAUAGCUGAAACUAUUGUAGCUGAUGUCAAAGAGUUUGUUGACAACCAGGCCUGGUACACUGAUCGUGGUAUACCAUAUCAUCGUGGUUAUUUAUUAUAUGGACCACCAGGAUGUGGCAAAACUAGUUUCAUAACAGCUUUGGCAGGCCAUUUAGAUUAUAGCAUUAGCAUAUUAAAUUUAAGCGAAUUCGGCAUGACGGCAGAUCGAUUAGAUCAUUUAUUAACGCAUGCACCGCUUCAAACUAUCAUCUUACUUGAGGAUAUUGACGCAGCAGUGCAUAGUCGUAACACAUCAAAUAAUGAUCUACUUCAUAGCAAAGCUUAUGAAGGUAUGCCAACACUCACUUUAAGUGGAUUGUUAAAUGCACUAGAUGGUGUAACCUCGACGGAUGGUCGCAUCAUAUUCAUGACUACAAACUAUAUCGAUCGACUUGAUCCUGCUCUAAUACGACCCGGUCGCGUUGAUAUGCGUGUACGAGUUGACGUUUGUGACUCGUCUCAACUAAUGCGUAUGUUUAGUCGAUUUUACCCACAGUGGACGUCGUCUGAUAUUAAUAAUUUAGCUCAAAAGUUUGCAAGUCUAUUAAAGGAUACACCUUUGAGUUCAGCACAAGUUCAAGGUUAUUUGCUGUUGCAUAAAGAUGACCCUUUAAAAGCAAUUAGUAAUAUAAAUCAACUGUUGUCUCCGUAUGAUUCAUAA